GGGAGCAAGCUACAUGUUAGCUUUAGCUCUGACUCCUAAAAAUCAACAGGUUAGUGGUUUAGCGGACCACUGUGUUUAGUGCUAGUUCAAAGGCUUGUGUAAACUAGGUUAGCAUCAUGCCGGUGCAGGCUUCGUAACAUUAUUCCCGUGUUACGUCACAGCCACCUGAACUUUUCUGACGUUUGCUAAUUAGCAAUAGGUAAGCAAAGCUAAGUUUGGUUUCACCGAGGUUAGCGUUAGCUAACUACUCCUGCACGUUUGUGAAAGGAGCAAAACAAGUAUCUUUGGAUAAAUUGACCUUUACAAACUAUCCCCUGUUUGAGCGCUGCAGCGAGAAUCUCCUCAGUGUAACAAACCCGGUUUAAAUGUGGCGGUAUGGUAUCAUUUGUGAAUUGACGACGUGGGAGGCGCAGCACGGAGCCAACUGAAGGGAUGGGAGAGCCACCUGCGGUGAUCCUCCAGCAACCGAUGGGUGGCAGGUAGUGACGGUGCAAAAAACAAUGCCGUGCUGCUGCUGCAUACAAUGAAGAAGAUAUUCAGCUUCACCAAGAAGAAAAAACACUCGUCUGGUACCCCUGACAGUGGGAGCGUGCUUUCCCUUGGAUAUGACCUGAAAGAAAAGGACCUCGGGAAGGUUCACAAGGCCGCCUCAGUGGGCGAUGUGGCAAAGUUGAGGCAGCUUGCUAAAAAGAAUGACAUCAAUCAACUUGACAAGGAGAACAGAACUGCUCUUCAUAUUGCCUGUGCCAGUGGACAUGUGGAUGUGGUGCAGUUCCUCGUUGAAAGCAAAGCCAAGCUUAACCUAUGUGACAAUCAGAAUAGAUCUGCCUUAAUGAAGGCAGUGCAGGGUCAGCAUGAGCGAUGUUUGAGCAUACUGCUGGAGAAUCAUGCUGACCCUAACCUGGUGGACAUCAAUAGCAAUACAGCUCUACACUUGGCAGCAAACAUCCCAUCCCUAUCUAUUGCUAUCCUGCUGCUACAGCAUGAGGCUAACAUCAAUGCCACAAACAAGGAGGGAUUUACACCCCUGACUGUGGCUGUCCGUGAGGACCAUAUUGAGAUGGCUGAAUUUCUCCUCAAGGAGACUGCUGAUGUGAAUUGUAUGGACCAAGGCCAAAGGUCUCCAUUAAUGAUUGCUGCUGGCAAUGGACAAAUCGGUAUGUUGCGGCUACUUUUGCGGUUUAACCCAGAUGUAACGCUAAAGGAUUCCAAAGGAUGGUCAGCUGAUGACUACGCAGUAAUGAACGGACAUCAUCCGUGUUCCCUCCUGAUCAUCGAGCACGGCACUCAGAGAACCUGUGGGCCCUCCCUGUCACAUCAAGGCCCAAGUAAAAAGAAGAAAAAAAUGCUGUCGGGCAGUCCUUUCCAUGAUGUUGAAGCAGGCUUCUCUUUGGGAGGACCAGCCAUUGACAAAGACGAGCAUGGAGCAAAUCAAGCAGGGGGAGACUUUGAAGACAAUUCUCAGUCAGAGUCACUAAGUCGGGUUUCAAAAAGUGGCACUGAUGAAUGGCCUUCGUCUGAAGAUGAUGAAUUGAUUUUAAACAAAAAGAAACCACAGAAAGUAAACCUAAGUAAAAUGAUUGCAUCUAAAAAAGGAGAAGCUCCAGCACUGGCUGAUAGAUCCUUGAGCUGUACAGAAUCUGAACCAGAGUGUGAAAGUAGAGUCCAGAGAAUCCCGUCCUUUGAACAGACUUUGACAUCCAGGAACGCUCUUCAGCAACCAGUAGAUCCUGCUCCCAUUUCCUUCCUUGCUAAACCACCCCAGAUGACUUCCACCCCUCGUCCUAGCUCCCGAGAGAGAGAAGAUUCCACUGAGGACGAUGAUGAUGAUGAUGACGAUGACGACGUUGAUGAUGACGACGACGAUGACAAUGAGCUAGCGAGAGAUGAGGAGGAGGAAGGAGAAAUCUCGGAUGAAAAUGAUCAGCCUGCAGAGAGUGGAGAGUCACUUGAUGCCACUUCAAGUGUUCCUGAGACAGAAGUCCCUAAAGAUAAGAAAAGAGCAGAUUUCUUGUCUGAGCUGGGUCUAGAGAAGGGAGAGGAAGAGCAAUAUUCUUGGGACUCUGAGUCCCAUUGUGAAAAUCCUGGUAUGCCAGAAAAACACUCCACACACACUCAGGAUCAAGAGGAGGCGCCUGUUGCUGAACAAGUGACUAAAGACUUGUUUUAUAUUCCCUCUUUUUUAAGAGGAGAAGGAGGCAAUAAGACGGCAGUUCUAGUGCCUCGGAGGAGUGUAGACAGGCCAAGAGGCAGCCAGGGACAGGUUGGAAAUGGUGAUAAUAAAAUGGAACCUAAUGCUAAAGAUGACACUCCACAGAAAGUGACUGAGAAGGCAACAUGGGAGACACUUCGUGUUUUGAACAAACUUACAGAGGACACUGACCAAAAGAGAGACCUAAUGGAGGAACUUGGUCUGGGAAAUGUCGACGAUCUUGAAGAUGCAUCGGAUUGGGACUCAGCCAGUACAACCAGUAAAAGAACACUGCCUGGCCGCAAAAUGGCCUCCCCUGGACUCGAUGAGUUUCCAGAAAGCCCCACUUCAUCUGUUAAGAGACGGGAUGAAGAUGCUUCACCUGCAACACCCUUGACACCGCAGAGGAGCAUCAACUCUGACACGAGAUUGCCGAGCACAUCCCCACAAAUCUUACCUCAACCUCAACCUCGAGCGAGAAAGAUGGUUCUUCAGAAACCAGAGGGUGAAGAAGAAUCAGAUUGGGAACCAGAUAAUUCACCAUCCGCCUCUAGUACAACCAAAUUUGACAAUCAGCUGCAAAACACCACUGAGCUUCAGGUCGUGACUAUACAAGGUUUUCCUGAGCUCUCGUCAAUGGCAAAAGGCAGUAAAAGUAACAGCCAACCAGACGAGCCUCUGAAUAAGAAGAAAGAUGAUGCAGGAGAUACAUGUGAAGUAGAUCUAAAUGAUCCACAGCCAUCUGGCCUUGUGGGGACUGACAGAGGAGAACAAGGUAGAGAUCAACACAGUUCUGAAGAGCAGGGUAAAAAUAAUGACGACAUCCCGUGGGAGAAACGUUACGAGAAGCUCUGGGUGGAGGUGGAGAAACAGGAAGUAAAAUCCACAUUCAAGAAUGUUGCUGGGGAAUUGAAAGAGAAGUUUGGAGAGCUGCUUAAGUCACGAUGUUCAGCAGAAGAUGUUGCAGAAGAUAAACAGGCUACAGCUGAAUCUACAUCUUCAGAAGACACAUCAAGUGAUGAGGAGGGCGACAUCAUUGUGCGUCCCACAGCUAGAGCAAGGAGUACUGUCCUCCUCACCAUACCUGAGCAGAGGGAGUCUGGGCUGGAAGACUCUCUGACAGAGUCAGCUGACAACUCUGUGUGUGAUGACAAGAUGCAGGUCACUCAGCUGCCCGCCAAUCAUGGCAUCACACAUCAAAAACAAGGUCUUACUGAUGAUCUGGAGAAGUGCAGGUCUCCUUCACCAAACUUCUCCACUCCCAAAGAUCAUGCCAGCACAACUUUUACCGACAGUCCCAUCAUACCCACCUCUGAUGUUGAUUCUAGUUCAUUAAAAGACAACACCAAACUUGGGUUGUUCCACCAGCAACAGACGGACGACCAAAUUGCUGCUCAAUAUGAAGCUGAGAUGUCCAAUGCAAGUUCAGAGGAGGAUCCUGGGGAGGCCACCAAGUCUUGCCCCCGCAUUCCAAGCAGAUAUGUGACAUCUAUCCCAGGAGUUUCUGAUGAGGAGCUUGAAGAGGACAUGGAAAGGUUUAAACAUAAGGUUGGCAAAGAGGUGACACAGACUUCCGUGGAGGUACAAAAAUCCAGUGCUUCCUGGGAUUCUGGUGGAACGACAUUGGAGAAAGCCGGUACUGAGAAACUUGAGAGCAGGAUAGGAUGCGUGUCGAGCCCAGCUGGAGCAAUUCACCAGAAACAGCAGCCUGCAGACACCAAAAGCACCAAUGGGGCACCAGUGUUCUCGCAUCUCCCACUCCAGCAGAGCCACGGUAACAACAAACUGGAGGGACAAACUGUAGAGACCGUAAAGCUGGAGCUGGUCAGAGGGGCCCGGCGCCGCAGAGCCCCUCAGACUAACACCCAUGUUAAUGGAGACCCUCUCUCUGUGUUUGACGAUAGCACUUUAAGUGAUUUGUCGGACGAUGAAGGAAGGUUUCCAAACAGUGGACAACAGAAAAAUGAGGGCCAGGAGGAAGCGGAGUUUGCAGAAGACUUUGAUGAACUGACUCAGUCUUCAGACACAGCCACAGAUGACAUAGACUCUCCCACUUCAGGCUAUCGACAUGCAUCUGUCCUCAUUCAGAAGCUGGACUCGGCUACUUUAGAUUCCAGGAGCAUGGUGAAGCUCCAGAACAUUUUUCAUGAAUAUGAGCGCUCCAUCCAAAAAGCAAGGAGUCGCCAUGGGUACCUGACCGACAAGGUGAGCCAGCUGGAAGUGGAGAGAGCAGAGCUGAAAAGCUCUCUCGAGGAAGUUAAAGAUGUUAAGUCUGCCUUGGAGCGCAACCAGCUGGAAUUGCAAACUGAAGUCACGAACCUCAAAUUUCAGCUCAGACAGGAGCAGGAAAACCGUCGCAAUGCUACCAUGAUGUACAACACCAUCAAAGAUAAGCUGAGGAAGAUAGAGGAGCAGCAUCAGACAGAGGUUCAGGAGAAACAGAAGGUGGAGCUCACUCUCAGGAACAUGGAGCUGGAGAUGAGGACGCUGGUCAACAACAUAAAGCAGCUUGAAGAGGAUCACAGUGAAACCCAGAGACUGCUGGCUCAGGAACGCAGUGCAAGGACUCUGCAGGAGAAUCUGCUCAGCAGUCAUCUCCGUAAGCAGCAGGAGAUGGAGGAGGAGAACAAGAGGAAUAAAAGCAAGAGCUAUGAGGCAUUAUCUCAGCUCACUGAGGCCAGUGACAGAGAGAGGGAGUUGCUACAACAGACUGCUGCCUUACAGGAACAGCUGACCAUCCUCAGGGCAGACCUAGAGCGUUCGCAGGCCAACAGCAGUCUCAAAGAGAGCCACAUUGUGGAGGAGAACGAAGUCCUCAAGGAGCAGCUAGAAGAUGUCCGGCGAGAUUUCAAACUCAACAGCGAAACAUUCACCCAAACUAUCUUCAACUGCAACAACCAGAUGACCACGCUAAAGUCUGAGUUAGCUAUGACGACAACCCGCCUUGAAAAUGAGCGUCAGACUCGUGAAACACUGGAGGUGGAGGUGGAAUCUACUCGUACCCGCCUGGCUGGAGCAGUAAUGGAGGCUGAGCGCUGUCUGGCAGCUCAUGCAGACGCAGAGAAAGCUCUGCUCCGGGAGAAAGAGGAACAUCAACGUCUGAAAGACAGAUCCACAGGUGAAGCAACUAGUCAGCGUGAGACAGUCAGCAGUCUGUCCCAGAAGCUGGCCAAAGCAGAAGCUAGUGUAAACAGUAUGGAGAAUGAAGUUCAUCGUGUCACCCUGCAACUGACAGAGAAGGGCCUUUUGCUGGAUGUGCUCCAGCGUGAGAAGGACCAGGCAGCUGCACAUGCCAAAGAGCUGGAAACCGCUCUACAUGCCGAGAGGGAGCAGGUCAGCCGUGCCAAAGCUCGUCAAGAGGCCUCCCAGGAGCGACUAGCCCAAGCCCAAAGUGAGGUUAUGUUAUUACGGCAACAGCUCGAGGAGUCGCAGAACAAAGGUGUUGCAAAGGAGCGAGCUGUGACGGAUGCCCAAGAGCGCUUCAGCGACAUCUUGUCCAAGCUGCGCUCUGACUCUGAAGAGAGGGUGCAGCUCGUGGACGAGAGAAAUAAGGAGCUUGCCAGUAAGGCUGCUGACCUCCGAGAUCAGAUCUACAGGUUGGAGGAAGAGAAGAAUGAAAGAGAGACUAACCUAAGGCAGCUUCAGCAGGAGCUAGCUGAUUCUCUUAAAAAGCUGUCAAUGAGUGAAGCCUCUCUGGAGGUCAACACACGCUAUCGCAGUGACCUGGAGGAGGAGAAGACUCGGCUCCUCAAAGACAUGGACAGGCUUAAAGGAAAGCUGGAGGAAAGUGAAGACAACUAUGUGCAGGCUGAAAGACGAAUUAACGGUCUAAAGAGCAGUCUGGAUGAUCGGGAAAAGGAACUCACCACUGCUGCUCAGAAACUCCAGGAGGCGCUGUCAGCCUCAGCUGCAACAGACACCACCAUCAAACAGCUGGAGGAUGCUGUGCAGAGGCUCGAGAUCGAGAAUGCCAGGCUGGAAGCAGCUGCAAAACAACAGUCCAACAAAAUUGAGUCACUUCAGAAAGGAGCUCAGGAAGCUGCAAUGCUGUCUGACUGCUCACCUGGAGGCGGGGUCAGAGGUCAUUUGGAGGACUUGGUCACAAACCUCCAAAGCAGUAAGAUGAGUUUAGAAGACCAACUAAGUAGAGAGGUCCAGAAGCACAACGUUUUGUCUCACACAGCUCAGGACUCUCAGGCCUUGUGGGAGGAGGAGCUUAAGAGUCGCUCUAAGUUAGGUCUGCGCUUUGCAGAGCUUGAAAAGGAAAGAGGAGAACUGAACACUCAGGUGGAAAUCGAAAAGAAGAAAGCCAAGAAAAUAGCGGAGCAGAAAAAAUCCAUAGACGCUCGCCUGGAUCAGGAGAUGAAGAGAAACACUGACCUUCAAAAAGAAAUGUACAGGCUGCGUACUCUACUGAAGAAUGCCAAGAAGAAACUGCGCGAUCAGGAUGCUGGUGGAGCGGAGUUUGGCUCUCCAAUGAGCAGUCUGCGGAUGGACAUGGGCAGACACAGUCGGGCUGAAGGCGGCUUCGGAAGAAUGAGAGAAAAGGUGGAUGACCUGCAGGUGCAGCUGGAGAAGGAAGUGUCUCGCUGCAGCCAGCUAGAGAAGACGAACAGGGACCUCAAGGAUCAGCUGGCCUCACUGAAGAGCUUCAGCCACAGUAGUGACCAGUUGGAGAAGAGUAAGAGGCAGCUGGAGGAGGAGGUGUUGGACCUGAGACGCAGAAUUGAGGGUGCUCAGAUGGAGCAGAGCCAGGCUGAGCAGUAUCGUCGUGAAAUAGAGGAGAAAGCCAGACAUGAGAUACAACAGAAACUGGAGCAGGUCAACCUCUUCCUACAGUCCCAAGCAGCUUCUCAAGAAUCACUGGAUCAGUUAAAAGCAGCAAAUGAGGCUAACCUGCGCUCUCAGCUGGAGCAGAAGAUCCGGGAGCUGGAUGCAGAACUGGGCCGGUCCCGCACCACACAGCUAGACAGCCUUAACCAAAGAGACUCCACGCGCACCGAGCUGGAGCGAUAUCGGCAGCUUUAUACAGAGGAGCUGCGCCUGCGCAAGUCACUGGCUGCCAAACUGGACAGGGCCAACACUCGUCUUGCAGAAGCCAAUUCCAAGUUGCUCAACGAGCGCAGCAGGUCUUUUAUCACUAGCAGCAUUGCCAACGGUAGCCUCGGAAGUACCUCGCUGGACGUGGGCGCCUUGGCUUCAUCGGGAAAUUUGGGGGUCUCGCUCAACAGAAGCCUGGGCUUGGGUCUCUCCCUUCUCAACCCUGUAACUGAGGGGCAGAACAACAGAGUGGAGGACUAUCUGGCAAAGAUGCAGAGUGAGCUGGAUAGAAACAUAUCUAAAGAACUAGACAAUGCCUCAGCAGAGCUGGACGCUGCUUCUGCGCGUCUGUCUCCGGUGGGCUCGGUCUCCAGGGUGGAGCUGGACCCCGUCAGCAGGGCGACGCAGCAGUACUUGGAGGUACUGAAGAAGAACAAUAUGAUCUGACUGACAACACACAUCACUGCUGCUCCUGUAAUACUCUACAUUUUCUAUUUCAGCCAUUAAAGCUUCAUAUUUUUAGGCCAGAACCACAUGAUAAUUUUAUACGAAUUUACUUAAGACUCUAUGAAAGAAAAAUAAUGCACAUUGCACUUAACCACUCAGGAACAAAGGGCACGAGUCAUAUAAUAAUAAUAAUAUGUUGCAUUAUCGAUGGGUACAAUUAGAGAGAACCUUGAAAAUAUUUGUUCCUUCUCGCUAAAUCUGUUAAAUCCGAAACUGUUUUGUUUCUAUUGUUGGAAUAUAUACUGUAUAUACAGAAUCACACAAUGGAGUUUUUGUUUGUGAAUAUUGGUAUAUUAAUAAGUAUUUGGCGUAUGUAUCUUUUAUACAUUUUUUUGCCAAGAUAUGACAUUAGGUCUGUGCCAUCAAAUGGUUCAAUAUCUGUCUUGGUUGUUCUUUAUCAGACUUAUUGUUACAAUGAUUAUUUUAUUUUAUUUAUUCUUUUGUUGUUGUUGUUGUUUUUAAAUGACUGUAAUAUACUUGAACGAGACGAGCUGGAUUACUCUCUGGCAAAUGAAACAGGAUGGCUUACUGUGCUUUCUUUUUUAGGGCCACCAAAUCCAAGAACACUUGUUUUCAUAUCGUAAAUAUUGUAAUAAAGCAGGAGAAAACCUUAAUGACGCUUGUACACUACAGAAGACUCUAAAACUGUAAAUAAACGUGUAGAAAACGA